CCGUGCGUGCCGAGAGGUAAUCGAGGCGACGAGUAACCUUAUCUUACCGCUGAUAAGACUUCUGAGUGUGCGGUUUUAAAAUACACCUUCGCUUUUUUCCUUGUUGGAAUUGGAAUCAAAUGCAGUCGUGACUGAUACGUUUAACGUGCGGUAUGUGCAUCUAUUGAGAAAAUAAGAGACCAAAAAGAUCCACCCAAACGUGUAAUUCCAUACGCGAUGCCCUGAAGAACAUAGUUCGCCAUGAGAAAUGUUCGUCAUGUUUGACACAAGCAAGCUGUACAUUUGGCUUAGCUGUUUGGUUUAUCUCCAAUGUACCAUCGGAUACGUUGCAGAUGACAUCACAGGAAACCCCGAGUUCGGUUGUCAAUGGUCAGGUGGGAGCAUCGACAGCGGCGUGACUUGCAUUUGUAGGCCAUAUGCCCAGGAAAUGUUCAUUCAGAAAGGAUCGAUCCCAUCAUACGACGCGCAGGUGAUCAAAAUUGACGGCUGCGAGACGGUUCGCUUUGGAAAAGACGCGAUUGGUGACAUGAGAAAUCUGAGACGUUUGGAGCUGGUCAACAUCAACUCUCUAAGUUUGGACGACUCCAGCUUGUCGUGGAACACAUACAUACAACCGAAUCCCGACUACCAUCAAGUGUGGGACUACAACAUACCGACCUUGCGCAUCAAAAUCGAACGCAGUCUGAUAAAGCGCAUAUCAAGUUACACUUUUCAAGGCCAAAUUAGUAGCGUAGUAAUGCGGGACGUGGCGAUUGAAGAAGUAGCCCCUUUCGCAUUCUCCUCCUUGAUGUACACGCACAACAUCGAAUUCGUAAACGCCAACUUUCUAAACGUCCACACCCAAGCGUUUAAAAAAUUUCCAACCGAAACCUUAACGCUAAGCGAUUCGAGCUUCAAUCGAUUACCGAGCCGAACGUUCUCCGACGUAACGGUCUUGGACAGUUUCCAAAUAAGAAACUGUACCUUCGACGCGAUUCAGUCGGGUGCGUUUCUAAUUCACAACUGCAAACGUUUCGAGUUGGUCGACUCUUACGUGAACUUACUAGACGGGGAGGGUUUUAAGGUAUCGACGCGAGGCAGUGUAAAAAUUAAGAAUAACUACUUUAACGUCACGGAGAAUGGUGCUUUCGCAGGUAUCAGCCUAAAUCUGGAGGAGGUAUUAACGCCCCAGGAAAUAUGGUUCGAUACCGAUGUAUUUAACAGACUCGAUAAACGUUCCUUACACGUGAACACUACAAGCUUCGCGGCUAGGUUUAGUAACAUACUAAUAAAUCAGCAAUGUAAUUGCGAUUUUACGGAGGGCACAAACCACCACGAAGAAUUUCAGUGCAUACUAGACGAUACCAAAAAAGUUACUCUUAAGGAAUUUAAAGAAAAUAGCUGCUCCGUUCUGGCGAGUUAUUCGACUGUUUUUAUUAUUGUAGGGGUAGUAGUGAUUUUAUUUAUUAUUAUUUUCUCAGGUUUAGUGUUCUACUUUAAACGCGUGUAUAAGAAACGAAAAGAAUAUAUAACGGACAAAAAUGGCAAACCAAUAAGUGUAAUUAUGCCGGACGGUCGCACGUAUCGUGAGACCGAGUACCACAUCGUAGUAGAACGAGCCGAUUUAUUAACAACAGACUUGUAACAUUUUUUUAUGGUUUUAUGUUAGAAUGAAAUCUCAUUUUUUUUUAAAUUAAACUGCACACUAAAGAUGCCUGUGAUAAGUUCUAAUUUCAAUUUAGAGUUAAGUGUUAACUUGGUCGAGUGGACCAUAUAAAAAUUGUUUUCAUUUAUAAAAUUGUGAUUUAGCAAAUAAGUCUCCUACAGGGAGCAAUAGUUCAACCUACUUUAAAUAUUAUUAGUAUUAUGUUUUGCUAGUCACGUAAAAGAAAAGCGUGUCAAAAUAAACUACAGCUUUUCAUUGGU